AUGAAGGUGUUUAAUGCAGCAAGACUGAAAAGUGGAUCACGGGAGGAAAUGAGGAAACAUCUAUUUCUUGUGCUCAACUCUGCCCUCUUGUGGUGGUGGGUCUCCAUCCCAAUUCCCGGCGCUUGCUCACAAAACCAAACGGAUCGGCUCGCGUUAGCGUCCUUCAAAAACGAGAUAAACAAAGACCCGUUUGGAGUCUUGAGCUCUUGGAAUGAUUCUACCCAUCAUUGUGAGUGGCAAGGUGUUUUGUGCAGCAAAAGACAUCCUGGGAGGGUCACGUCCUUGUUCUUGAGAUCACAAGGCUUGGGAGGCUUCCUAUCUCCUCACAUAGGUAACCUCUCUUUCCUGAGGGUCAUGGUUUUGCAGAACAACAGCUUCUAUGGCGAAAUCCCACAACAGAUUGGCAACUUGUUUCGGCUACGUCAUCUAAUUCUUAGUAACAACUCAUUUGGUGGACCGAUACCCUCCAACCUUUCCCGCUGCUCGAACCUCGAGACCUUGAAUCUCAUAGACAACCAACUUGUGGAGGGAAUUCACUCCGAUCUUGGUUCUUUACCAAGGCUUAAAGCCUUGGGCUUGACUGAGAAUAAUCUUCUAGGUUCUAUUCCUCCUUCGAUUGGAAACCUAUCGCUGCUAGAACAGCUCUCUCUCUCACAAAAUGGAUUACACGGAGAAAUACCUAAGGAAUUGUCCAGACUCAAUAGGUUGCUACUUUUACAACUAUCUUUCAACAACCUAACAGGUGAGAUUCCAGUAGGGAUUUUCAACAUCUCUAGCAUUAUUUUCUUCCAGGUUGGCUGGAACCAGUUGCAAGGAAGCUUUCCCCCUAAUAUCGGCACCACUCUUCCUUCUCUGUAUUCCAUUGUCGCCAACCAUAACUCUUUCACCGGGACAAUUCCGUCAUCAUUAGCAAAUGCCACCGAUCUCUGGGAACUUGUCCUUGAGAGCAACAGUUUCCAUGGGCCAAUACCGAAAAAUUGGGGAAGGCUAAAAGGCCUUCGGGUAUUAGCGUUGGGUCAUAACCAGUUGCAAGAUGACUUGAGUUUUAUUUCUUCAUUAGCUAAUUGUUCCAACUUAGAGAUUCUCAAUGUGGAUUCAAAUUUGAUUCAUGGAUCGUUGCCGACAUCCAUCUUCAAUCUCACCAGCAUUAAGAAAAUUUCGAUGGAAGCUAAUUCGAUCCAAGGAACUAUUCCUUCAGCCCUCGGGAAUCUCUUCAAUUUGUCUGCCUUGAACUUAGCACAUAAUUCUCUAACAGGUCCUAUUCCUGAUUCCAUUGGAGCGCUUUAUAACUUGCACCCACUGGCUUUGGCUGGAAACAAGUUUGCCGGAGAGAUACCAUUUGCAAUUGGUAACAUGACGUUGUUAAAUGAACUCUACCUUCAAUCCAGCAACUUCCAAGGCUAUAUACCGCAGAGUCUCAGCAAUUGCACUCAACUACUUGAGCUCGAUCUUUCAAACAACAAUCUAAUUGGCUCGGUGUUGACACCUAAAUUUUGA